GCAACAGCAGCGGCACAAAGUAGCAACCGACAAUCCACAUAUACCAGGCCACCCCGACAGGCUAACUCCCCGCCCGAUUAUCCCACCCCCAAGAGUUACAGCACGUCAACGCUCCACCCAGCAGCAACAGCGACAGCGACAGCGACAGCAGUAGCAGCAGCAGCGACGACGACAGACGCGACAGACGCGACGACAGACGUCAACCCCGCACAUUACCCACAAUGCGCACAGCAAAGGCCCAGCAGGUAUCAUCGCCGGUCGACUACGGCCAGGUCUCACCUGGCGGCGGUCCUCCCCCGCGUAGGAAGUUGUCAGUGACCCUCAGGCGCGGCUUCUCGUCCUACUUUGGUUCAGGCCGUUUCGAGGCCGCCGAGGAAGCCAUCAACUCGCCGAACAAGGCUAACGGUGGUGGUGCCGCCCGCCGCUCAUCUACCGCGCCACCAAAGUUCUCGCCCUCGACGAGCGGCAACUCGACGCCGACAAAGACGGCGUCCGACAGCACGGGCAAGUACUUUAGCGACAGCACCGGCAAGUACUCGUACUCGAAGACGUCGGACCGCAACAACAGCAUCUCGCUCUCCAACGGCAACGGCGCCGGCGCCGGCGGCCAGCCGCUCGACCCGCACGCGGCCGUCCUCGCGCUCAACGCCGCCGUCGCCGCGCUCAACGAGCACAACGCCCGCUUCGCCCAGCAGGGAGGCUACGGCGGCUACAACCAGCAGGUCGGCGGCCAGCAGCAGGGGUACGUCAACGCCGGCCCCGGCGCCGUCAUCAACCCCACCCCUGUGCGGACCGUCAGCCGCAACAGCUCCCAGUUCAGCAGCGCCAACGGAUACCCUGCGUCGCCGACCCAGAAGAUCGCGACCGGCUUCAGCACGUCGCCGUCGCAGCAGUUCAACGCGCCCCCCUCGCCUACCCAACAGAAGAGCUACGGUGGCUACGCCGCUGCCGGUGCUGGCGCUGUCGCUGCCGGUGCUGCUGGCGCCGCCGCGGUGCAGCAGAGAAGCUACAACAACUACGGUGGCGCAAACGGAUCGGCGGCGCCAUCGCAGCAGAAGAAGAAGCCCCUCCCUGGACAGUCGUCGGCCCAGACAUCGGCCCAGAUCUACGCCAACUCGCAGGGCAACAACAGCACGUCGCGUCUCGCGACUCUGUACUCGCGCUGGACGACGGGUGACACUGAGAGCGACGAUGAGAACAUUGGCUACGGCACGCCCGAAGAGGGUGGCUUCACCGACGACGAGUCGCACCACGGCUACGGCCACGGCCACAGGCGCAAGAACAGCAGGAGCAAGCACUCGAACGGCCACGCCAAGGCAGCAGUUGCAGCUGCCAACGUCCACCCCGCGCGCAACGCGCCGCUGCCCCCCGCUGCUGUCGUGGCCACCACCGAGGGCCCCAGGCUCAACCGUAACAAGGCGACGGGCAUGUCCAUCCGCCAGGAGUUCCACCACGGCGACCCGGCAGACAUCAACCAGGGCGCUGUGCUCGCCCAUGACCUCGACCUCUGCCGUGAGGUGCUCCGUCUCUUCUUGGAGAGCAGGAUGAAGGAGUGCGAGGACGGCCUCAGAGCAGGCGACCCCGACAACAACCACCUGUACCUCCAGGUCGGUAACACUAUCCUGUCGGCGCUCAAGGGUAUGAUGACGUUCGACUCGAGUGACCUUCUCUCGGCGCUCGACAUUGCCAAGUCGACGUCGUCGAUCGCCUCGAGCCUCCGCCACCCCACCGAGUCGGUCUUCUCCAAGCUCGGCGGUCUGGUUCGUACCAACCACGCUGUCGCCCGUGUCAAGGCCAUGACGGUGCUCGAGCUCCACGCCGAGCUGUGUUACGCCGAGUGUAUCCUCAUGAAGGCUGUGCUUGCCAUCGUCGCAGGCGGUGACUGGAUGGGCCUGAUCCGCGAGGCGCUCAACAUGCGUACCGCGCACGGCAUCUACAAGACGCUCCAGCAGUUCCUCGACGAGGCCGACAAGAACGGCUUUGACGAGAGCAUCGACAUGGACUUCCGUUCCGGUGUGCUCCUCGGCAGUGGUACCAGCGCCCUCAUCCUGUCGCUCCUGCCCGCCAAGGUGCUCAAGGUUGCCGAGGUCUUCGGCUUCCUCGGUGACCGUGACUAUGCGCUCAAGACGCUCAUGGCCGCUGGUGGCUGGUCGCCCAACUCGGACCUCCCGGCGUACAACGAGGAGACGGAGGGUGUCCGUCGCCCCAUUUGCGACAUGGUCAUCCUCGUGUUCCACCUUGUGAUUUCCGUCCUCAUGCCCGUGUCGCACGUCGACAUCCCCACGGCCCGCAAGAUUGUAAACUACAACCUCGGCCGCUACCCCACCGGCAUCUUCUUCCUCUACUUCCAGGCCCGUUUGAUGACCUCGCAGUGCGAGCCCGAGCGCGCCAACGAGUCGCUCCAGAAGGCCCUCGACCUCGACCUCGAGUAUGUCCAGGUCCAGCACAUGUGUCUCUGGGACUACGGCUGCAACUACCUCAUCACGACCCAGUACGACGGUGCUCGCCAGUGUUUCGAGAUUCUCCGUGCCGAGUCCAACUGGUCGCGCGCAGUGUACACCUACAUUUCGGCUGCUGCCAUGAUGAUGGUCGCCGACGACCCGCGUUACCCCGAGGCUACGACCUCGAACAUUCUCGAGCUCAUGGCCGAGCUCCCCAAGCUCGGCAAGAAGCUCGCUGGCAAGUCGCUCCCCAUCGAGAAGAUGUGUCUCCGCAAGGGCCGCAAGUACCUCGCCCAGGGCAACUACCUGUUCCUCCCCGCCAUGGAGCUGUCGUACAGCUUUGGCCUUAUCGGCCACGCUCCCAAGCGUCUGCUUGUCGACAUCUGGAUCCCCCGCAUCACUGCCGCCCUCGAGGACCUCGAGAGCCAGUCUCCCGAGACGUACGGCAACGGUGUGCAGUACUGGGACGACUACGUUCUCGGCCACUUCCUCCGCGGUGUGUGCCAGUUCAUCUCGCGCUACCAGCCUGUCGAGGCCACGGCCGACGCGCUGCGCGUGUCCCCGGGCGCUCCCACCGACGCACAGCUCGACGCUGGCGCCGAGGCCGACUUCAAGAAGGUCAUUGCCGCGUCGCCCCAGGUGCGCCUGGACCACUGGAUGCUGUUCCACAACCACUACGAGCUCGGCCGUCUGUACGCCAAGCGCGGCGACAAGAAGAAUGCGCGUAUCCACUUUGACGUUGUCAUCAACAACAAGCUUCCCACGCCCAACCUGUACACGCACAAGGGCCAGGGCAAGUACUCUAUGGAGGGCGCGCUGCAGAUCAAGACGCACUCGGCCAUCUCCAACCUGGACAAGAAGAACUAGGGGACGCCGCUGUUGCCGGGAUCGUGUCGGUAGUUGUGGUUGUUGGUGUACAAAAUUUAGAUCAAUCCGGAGGGUGCUGCUCGAUGUGCUGCUACUGCUCGAUGUGCUCGUUGUUGGACGACUGUUAGCUAGCCUCUGUUUUAGUUUUGCUGUAGCUUUGGACAUGGCAUGGGUGUGGUGAUGACG